AUGAACACGGAUGAUGACAGGAUCAUGGCCCAGGGGUUGGGCGACGCCAACGAGUUGCUGGGCAGCACCAACACGCUGGAAGGCGUAAGGAAAGCAAUGAGAAGCAGUGGAUUUGGCCUGGGUGACGCCCAUAGUGCAAAGAAAGUCGUUGCAGAAGGCGCCAAUUUCGUAGGCAAUGCUCCAGGCUGUUGGGGUGUUAGAGGCGCAACAGAUGGGAAACCAGGUGGCGCCGACAGUGGCUUGGACUCCCUAAAGGAUGACGACGACGCCCACAUGGGUGGAGUAGUUGAGUUGGGGGGUGGAAUAAUUGAGUUAGGCGAAGGCGCCUCAGUCGUAAGAGGUCUUUGCGGAGAGCUGACAAGCAAUGCCCAUGUUGCAAGUAUCCAUGGUUACGAAUAUGGUGGCAACGCCAUUACUGGUAGGUCCCUUUGCGAGAUAGGUUGCGAUUUUGGGGGAGGCAGGAGCGACAACGCGUCGACCCAGGCACUGGGCUAUGCCAGUGGCUAG